AUGUGCGCAGAGGGAGUUAGUUGGAAAAAUCUUCUUAUUUUAUUCUUCCGCUUAGGCGGCUCCCGUGGUGUACCUGUGUUAGUGCCAGUGCGCGCCAGUCCCGUGCCCGGAGUACAGCUUUUGGACCGGAUGGAGCACGAGUACCGAGCCUUCGAGGACGCUGGGCCGAGCGAGCGGAACGACGACACCGCCGCGAGCACACUUACCCGUCUGCGCGGCGCGGCGCUCGAUGCGGGAGGCAACAGCGCCGCCGCCGUCACCGCCAUCCAGCUCGAGAGGCUCGCUGCCAUCAUCGGAGUCUCGAUGGCGGAGCUGCAGGGCGGCCUGCAGCGCACGGCCGCGGAAGGCGGCACGCUGCACGCGAGCGGCGUCGUCGCCCGCCCGGCCGAGCAGAUCGCGUUUGAGCCCGUCGCGGGCGGCACCUCCGACUCUGGCGGCGUCACGACGGCGCUGCUCUCCGUCGCCGCGCGGCCGAGCGCGCUCGACUCCGCCGCUUGCCCAAAGGCGCUGGUCGACCUCGGCGGCCAGCCCGUGCUUGCGCACGUCCUCUCCCAGCUGCAUGCCGGCGGCGUGCGCCGCGUGGUGCUCUCGUGCUGCGGCGCGCCACCACAGGGACAGAGAAAAGAAACGGCGCCGACCGGCUAG